CCCCAUCAUCUCACACACUCACGUGCGGGAUUAACUCCCAUUCUCAAAACACAUAGCUUUUUCGCCUUGAAUAAACAACGCAACAUAACGUUAAUAUUCCAAUAAGACUACAUUAUAGUGUUUAUGAUUUUCAGUAAAUGGCUUAGGCAUGUAAACCAUUGCGUGAUACUGAAUUUGAGUAUAGAGAAGCAUUUGAGAGAUCUAGUAUUGACCAGUAGGGAUUGGACACCAUUUAGCAAGAGCUAACGUUAGCUCGAACACGGAAAAGACGUGCUGGGUGAAACGGAAUUGUUUAUGCCUCUGCUGAUCAUGAAUAGGCAAGGUUACAGUGGGGAAAAUGUUUCACCAAGGAACAUUUCCAUUGGAAUAUCAAGAAUUGGAAGUCCUACUAACGGUCUAUCAGAGGAGGAUGAGGUUGAUUUAAAGAUGGAGCUGGCAAAGACGGAGGAUGAAAUACAGACUUUGCGGCAGGUACUCUUGGCCAAAGAGAAAUAUGCGAUGGACAUCAAGAGGCAGCUGGGUAUGGGCCCCUUCAGUGAGAUUAAACAGAACCUGUCCAAAGGCUGGCAGGAAGUCCAGACCUCCAAUGCAUAUCUGACAGCCUCAGCUACUCUGGAGGACAUCAGCCAAUCUAACGUGUAUAAGAGGACCCAGGAGAAUAUCUCUAAUGCAGGACAGAUGACCAGUGCUGCCCUGUCCACAAUGGGUGUGGCCAUUACAAGGAGACUUGGAGACAUGAGGGCACUGCCUUUGCCAAGCCCACCUCGCCCCUCCUUGGGCCACUCCAUCAGUGUGCCUGCUAUGUCAAUGAGACAUUCCAAUACAUUCAAGUCCUUUGAAGACAUGGUGGGAAGCGUGAAGAACAAGGUGUCCAUGAGUCGAGGGAAUGAUGGAGAGGUCUCUGGGUUUGGAAGAAGCCCAUCUCAGAACAGUGGUUCCUUCUAACAUAAUCAAUUUAUUUUUCUAUCCACCAUCUGUAAUCUCACUAUACUCCCUUAAUCACUUUAACCUGAUGGCAUUGUCCACACUACUCCUUCAAAGAGUAAACAUUGUGCAGGAGGUUGAUAAAUACAUGAAUGACAAAGUAAAAUGUAUAUGGAUUCCAUGUGUGGGCUAUGCAGAGAUAUUUAACAGUUUAUUUGUUGUUGGAGUGGGGUGGGAGACCUUUAAAAUGUCAUACUGUGAAUUGAAUGUGUGUCAAGCUACAAGGAUUAUUCUACGAUGUUAUAAAUGAAUGUAGCUUCAGUUGUGAGAUAGAGGGGAGUAAUGACUUGGGUUUGGCAUUGACAGUGUUGGUUCCAACCAUUCAUUCUAAAUUUGAAGUAGUAUUUCCAAUAUGUAGUUAUUUAUAUUGGCCUACUGUUUGUAGGAAAAUGUCAUUGUCAUAUUCUGCUAUUGCAUUCUAAGAACAUAACAAUCACAAAUGUACAGUGAUGUAUUUUUGUACUUUUAAGAGAAUUUUCAAUUAAAACGUAUGUGGUCUGAUCUAAUGUGUAAUGAUUUUGGAUACUGUACCUUUCGGUAAAAAUAAAGA